AUGGUACAUGGAGGUGGAUACAGCUUUUUCCGGUCGUACUUGUUCAGGAUGGGCAAAGAAGUGCCACCCGAUUGCAUCUACCUCCUGGGCACUCCUAACGAGUGGGUUCGCCUGUCAAGGGAAAGGCCCAUUCAACACAAUGUAGAACUGCUGUCGGUGGACACGGUCACGAUGAUGAUGACAGAGAGUGAGGACAACUGGACCUACAAUGGACGAAGUUUCACUUCUCUUACUUUUCAAGAGUUUCUUAAGUCAUGUGGAACUCAACACAAAACGACUGCUCCCUUCCACCCAUCAUCUAAUGGACAAGCUGAACGCUUUGUACAAACAGUGAAGAAGAUGUUGAAGUCGAUAUUAGAUGAACCAGGAACACUUGACAGUAAAAUUCACAAGGCGAUAAUUCAACUCCGUCAAGUACCAAACUCAACAGGAAACUCGGCAUACUAUCUCAUGUUCAACAGACAAGUAAGAACAUACCUCAGUGUUAUGAUACCUUCUAGAAUCGAGGACUCAAAAGACAAACCUAAAGGUAUAACACGCAUAUUUAAGGUGGGAGACCGUGUUCAAGUGAGAAACUACUACAAGGGUCAGACAAAAUGGAGUUUCGGAAAAGUUACAUCAAGAGAUGGAAAUCUACAUUACAACGUUGAACUGGAGAACGGAGUAACAUGCAGACGACAUGUAGAUCAAAUGCUGCGGUCAAGACUUUAA